GGCCGGGGCGGCGGUUGGUUUCUCCUGUCAGCGGAGGCAGGGCCAGGCGCGGCGAGGGUGGGCGCGGAGUUGGCGGCGGUGGUGCAUCGCUCCGGCGGAGUUUGCUCCGGACGCGGGGCGGGAGGUCUCGCUGCGGGAAGCAGAGCGGAGCCAGCCCCGGAGGGAAAGCGCCUGGCCCCGGAGAAGGGGUUGCCCGGAGCGGGCAGCGCCCCGGCGGGAACCGCCCCCCCGCCUCGCCGCCCAGAGCCGAAGGUGCUCGGAGGGGAAAGUUGUGUGCGGAGCAGGGCCGGGCGCGAUGCCGGGGUGCGGCGCGCUGUGCCUGGGGCUGCUGCUGCACGUCCUGCUGGGCUGCGGCUCGGCGCAGCAGCCCGGCAGCUGCCCGGCCCUCUGUGAGUGCUUGGAGGCGGCCAAGACGGUGAAGUGCGUGAACAGGAACCUGACGGCCGUGCCGCCCGACCUGCCGUCCUACGUGCGGAACCUCUUCAUUACCGGCAACCGCCUGGCCCGCCUGCCGGCCGGCGCCUUCCCCGCCCAGCGCCUGCCCGACCUCCGCGCCCUCAACCUCAGCGGCAACCACCUGCGGGCCGUGGAGGCCGGCGCCCUGGCGGCCCUGCCCGCCCUGCGGCAGCUGGACCUCAGCGGCAACCCCCUGGUCUCCCUCAGCCCGCAGGUCUUCGGGGAGGGCGGCAGCCCGCUGGAGGAGCUGGCCCUCCGUGGGGCCCUGCGCGACCACAGCGUCCUCCUAAGCCUGGCCGCCAUGCUGCAGUCCGGGGCCCUGCGCAACCUCAGCCGUCUGGAGCUGGCCGACAACGGGCUGCUGCUGCUGCCCGCCGGCAUGUUCACAGCCCUGCCUGCCCUGCGGCAACUGGACCUCAGCAACAACUCCCUGGUGGGCCUGCGAAAUGUCUCCUUCCAGGGGCUGGGCCAGCUGCAGAGCCUCAACCUCAGCAACAACUCCCUGGGCGUGCUGAGGAACGGCACUCUAGCCCAGUUCCGUGGCCUGCCUGCCCUCCGGCACAUCGGCCUGGGCCGUAAUACCUGGGUCUGCGACUGCGCCAUCGAGGACCUGGUGGCCUGGCUCAAGGAGAGCGACCAGGUGGAGGGCAAAGAAGCCCUGACCUGCGCCUACCCCGACAAGAUGCUGGGCAAAGCCCUGCUGAAGAUCAAUGGCUCAGACCUGAACUGCUCCAUGCCCGUAGACCUGCCUUCCCAGCUACAGACUUCAUACGUCUUCCUAGGGAUAGUCUUGGCUCUCAUUGGAGCCAUUUUCCUCCUGGUUUUGUACUUGAACCGAAAAGGAAUCAAAAAGUGGAUGCACAACAUCCGAGAUGCCUGUAGGGAUCACAUGGAGGGCUACCAUUACAGAUAUGAGAUCAAUGCAGACCCCAGGUUAACAAACCUCAGCUCCAACUCAGAUGUCUGACAAAGCGCCAUGGAUGUGGGGCAGCACACAGUAGCUAUGCAUGAAAAAUAGACUUACGCUUUACCCUCGUGCUUGCUUCCCUUUCCCUGGAGAAAUCUCAGAUGUGCUUGUAACAUGAGGGGGAUAUUCCUCCCUGUGACGUCAAGUUCAAUUUUGUUUUGAGAUGCUGGGCAGCUGCGCAUGGCGUUGGGCUGUAUGUAGGAAACAAGCUGCUACUUCUUUUCUUCCUUACCUGUCUAUACUUGUGGGAAUUUUUUUUUUCAAGAUCUCGAAAGGAAAAAAAGAUUCUCUCUGAUGCUCCAAAGCCACCAGAGUUUAUAAAAAAUUACUGAUGCAGACACCAUUCAACAAAAGCUGCCUCAACUUUUUGGGAAAAAAAUAUUAUGUUCCUCUGUGCCAGUUUUGAUCUUGUAUAUCCAAAUUGUGAUGACAAGGAUUCAAUUUCAUAGAUUACCUUGAGAUUUAAAAAAAACAAACAAACUCCUUUUAACAACUCCUCUGUUACAAAGAAGGAAAUCAAAUAGUGAGCAUGCACAAAUACUUUAUAGUUUUACAUGUUAGGAAACUUACGAUCUCAGUAAGUCUCUUACUAUUUUGUAAAGUUAUUUUUGAUUGCAGUUUACAUGAAAAGAGAGGGUUUUUAUACAAACUGCAUCUAAACUCCAUCUGAACUGUUAAAUUCAAUAAACAGUCUUACAAGAACUGCUGUGUUGAAGUUUGCUGCUCGAUGAGAAAUGAAUGGACGUUAAGAAUGUGGAUAGCUUUAUAGUUGCUGAAGUAAUAGCCCUGCAGUAGUAAUCUGAAUAAAAUUUUAUACAAAUGUGUAGCUUAGAGACAUAAAUGUUUGACAUUUUUGUGAAAUAUGCUAGGAGAAUUACACCAGUCAACGAUGAGAGCAGUUUCACUGGGCACAAAACCCCCGGUCUGCUCUCUCGAAACAACUGCAAAAUGUCAAGACAGAUGCUAGGGUCCACCUUGCUGGGAAGGUACAUGGUGAUAGAAUUUACCUAAGGUCUUCUCUACUAAAUUAAAAAAAAAAAAUUCAAAUUAAGUUGUGGAGAUUGUAGGCUAAAGAAAAUUUUACCUGAAUGGAAUUGUUUAUUAUAAAAACCCAUACUUUCAUGUCCUGAACUAAAUUAAAUGCAGCUCAGUCGUGUAGUCGGCGAGCUUCAGGCUUGUAAAUCAAUGCAGCACGUAAUGAAUUAAGUGCUUACUGUUUCAUUUUAAGCUCUUGGUACUCGUGAAGUUCUGUAGAGAUCUACAUUGAGUAACUUGGUGGAACUUUACAUUUAUCUUAAAGCUUUAUAUCAGGUGCAUUUCAGUAUUGUGUGUUAUUCAUGCUUAUUACUUGCUUGGGAAUGCAUUUUCUUGUAAAUAGAUAAAGCAUGCAAAGAAAAACUUAAAAAAUGCGUCAUUUAAUAUGCAACUCUGAUGACAUUGAAAAGGUUAGCAAGAACCUUCUAAUGGUCACCAAUAAUUAAUGCACUUUUUCUAAUCCAUUUAUAGAUUCUUAAUGAAAAAAUACACCAACUGUAAAAAUGUGAUGUGAAUUGGUAUCUAUCAGUAUGUAUCUGUGGAGCUUUUUUUCCAUGGUUGCCGUUACUUGAAGCUCUUGAGCAUCUCUAAAUUUUUAUGAAUUACUGGCAAAUGCCCUUCGCUUUCAAAAGUGGCAGUUUUGUCACAGAUAUACACCUUUGAUAAGAGCUCAUAAAUAUCAAAUAGUCCUUAAAGUAUCAGAAGAAAUAUAAUCUAUUUUGGGCAUCAGUAGUAUUGAAAUGCAUUUUUCUCUCCUUGCAACUUCAGACAAAGCAAGUAGCACAAGUUGGUUCAGGCUAAUUUUCUGUUGCUUUAAAUUGGCUUUAUUUAAUAGCAGUGAUUUCUUUUUAAUGUAGUUUUAUACAUUUGCCCUCAGAAGUAAAAAAAAAAAAAGUACAAUGAAUGUUUUGAUAAAUCAGUGUAUUUUACAAUUAAUGUAAAUUAAGUGAUAGCCUAUUUCUCCUGCUGUAAUUUCAAUGUAUGAGCAAUAUGUGGUUAACUACAUAUGAAUUAAGUUUGUGGAUUCUUAAAAAGCAGUCUGCUGGUCUGAAUGUUAGCUGCCCAUAUUUUAGGAAUAGUGUAAAAACCCCAGUGUGAAUAACUAUUACUGUGCAACUAUGCAAACCGUUCCUACUUGGUAUACAUAAGAUAGUUUAUGUUAGAAGCUAGAAUUUACAAUAGCUAUGCAGUGUGCUUUGUUGUAUUGGCCAUUUCGGAGAUUAUCAACUUACACUUAUUUGUACGGUGCCAAGAGGAGUAGAGUGUCAUCCUUGCUUAAGAUGCUCCUAUAAUAUAAUGGAUAAAAUAUGUACAAACCAAGCCAUUUCUUGGGCAAUUUCUUGGGUUUUGUUAACAGAUACUUUAAAGUAACUACAGUAAAAGCAAUUACCCGUGAUGUGUUAACGUAGCAGCCGUGCAUUUAUAGAGCUGUGUAAGGAUAGGCGCCGACUUUAAUCUCAAUCUCUCACCAAUGGACUGAGUAUUUGUAUAGUGAGCAAGCGUAACUGUUGUAUUAUACCUAUUAUUGUAAAGAUUAUUAUUAUUUUUGUAUCAUAGAAAGUCAUUGUAAUAGAAUUUUAUUAGAGACCUGGUGAUGGCUACUUUAGAAUAACUUUUGCCAUUUGCUUACAUGUGUAUUUAUUAGGAUGUAACAGCAUGUGUCAGUAUUGUGUUGGAUAAUGUUCUCCUACAGUGUUUGACCAACAGUGAAUGCUUUGGUGUUUUGUACGAUGCAUUUGAUCUUAAAUCCCUUUCCGUAAACAGUGCUUGAAUUUUGUUUUCCUUUCUUAUUAUGAAAUAGUUCCAGUGGUACUCAGAAGACACUUAAACAGUAGCUCCCAAAGUGCUUCAGAACUUAGUUGAAAACAUUAAAACAUUAGUUUAAGGGUUCUUCUGAAGCACAUUUUAUAAUCUUCUCUGCUUUGACACCUUGAAUUUCAAUUGAUUACCAUUUCCAGAGCA